GACAGAUGACAUUACGGAUAACAGAGUACUUUGGAACGAGUGUACCUAUUUUGUAAAUAUUGAGUGUAUUUUUAUCAAAUUACCAGUUUUUUAUACUCGGUAGGAAUAUAAAUAUCAGCUGCAUUAUUUAUCUUAGACGAUUACAUCAGCUCUACAGUAGAAGGUCUCAUACUUGUACUUAGUACUCAUUAUAUUUUUUUAAUUUGGACUUUAGACUGAAGUUUGUAUGCAACAAAUAGUAAUUAUGUCCCAACCACAUAGAAAAGCUGUACUAAACCUAUACAAGACGUUAUUGUACUUAGGGAGAGAUUGGCCUCAGGGUUAUGACCUCUUUAGAAAACGAUUGCAUAAAGUGUUUUCGAAGAAUAGUGAAGAGACAGAUCCAAAAAAAAUUGAAAUGAUGAUAAAACACGGUGAAUUUGUCACAAAAGAAAUUGAAGCCCUGUAUAAAUUGAAAAAGUAUAGAACAUUAAAACGUAGGUAUUAUGAUGAUAAUUAAAAUAGUUUUUUU